CUUUUUUCUGAUGUGUGCGUGAUUCCAGCGUGGGGAUCGGCGGCGCGAGGAUGAAGUUCGCUUACAAGUUCUCCAACUUGCUGGGCACAGUUUACCGAUGCGGAAACCUGACUUUCACUCCAGAUGGGAAUUCUCUGAUUAGUCCUGUGGGAAACAGAAUUACUGUCUUUGAUUUGAAAAAUAACAAGUCUGAGACGCUACCACUGGCAACCCAAUACAAUAUCACAUGUGUGGGACUCUCUCCAGAUGGAAACCUUGCCAUACUUAUCAAUGAAGUGGGAGCUGCCUUGCUUGUCAGCUUGAUCAGUAAAUCUGUGAUUCACCAGUUCCAUUUUCAGAAACCUGUACACAGUGUCUGCUUCUCCCCAAAUGGAAAGAAAUUUGUAGUCACAAAGGACAAGGUUGCUCUGAUGUACCAUGCCCCAGGAAAGAAACGAGAAUUUAACGCGUUUGUUCUUGACACAACAUACUAUGGUGCAUAUGAUGAAACAACAUGCAUAGACUGGACUGAUGAUUCAAAAUGUUUUGCAGUUGGCAGCAAGGAUAUGUCAACAUGGGUUUUUGGUGCAGAACGAUGGUCCAAUCUGAUUUAUUAUGCUCUGGGAGGUCAUAAGGAUUCCAUUGUUUCCUGCUUUUUUGAAGAAAACAGUCUAGAUCUAUACACUAUUAGUCGAGAUGGGGCUUUGUGUGUAUGGCAGUGUGACACGGAACUAAAUGGCUUGAAACCCAGAGUGUCCAAACAACAGACUGAAGACAGAGAGGAAUUGGCAAAAGAUCAAGAGGAAGAGUUCACAGAGGAGCAGCAGGGCAAAACGAUUCAAGGGAAAGUCAACGAAAAUGAACAAGAAAGUAGAAAGAAAGUAAAAUACUCAUGUGCUGCCAAGUAUUUUUUCAACAAAGAAGGAGAUUUUAACAAUCUGACCGCUGCAGCUUACCACAAGAAGACCCAUCUGCUUGUCACUGGCUUUGCUUCUGGAAUUUUUCAUCUCCAUGAGCUUCCAUACUUCAACCUCAUCCAUUCUUUAAGCAUUUCAGACCAGAAGAUUGCAUCUAUUUCUAUCAACAGUACCGGUGACUGGAUCGCCUUUGGAUGCUCAGGUCUGGGACAGCUCUUGGUGUGGGAGUGGCAAAGUGAGUCCUAUGUGUUGAAGCAGCAAGGCCACUUCAACAGUAUGGUGUCCCUUGCAUAUUCUCCAGAUGGACAAUAUUUGGUGACUGGUGGGGAUGAUGGGAAAGUUAAGGUAUGGAACACCAACAGUGGUUUCUGCUUUGUUACCUUUACAGAACAUACUAGCACCAUAUCUGCUGUAACAUUUACCUCCUCUGGUUAUGUCAUUUUGAGUGCGUCUCUGGAUGGAACAGUGCGAGCCUUUGAUCUUCACAGGUACCGCAAUUUCCGCACAUUUACAUCCCCUCGACCAACUCAGUUCUCCUCCUUAGCUGUUGACAGCAGUGGUGAGAUAGUUUCAGCUGGUUCACAGGACUCUUUUGAAGUAUUUGUAUGGUCCGUACAGAGUGGACGACUCUUGGAUGUCUUAGCUGGCCAUGAAGGCCCCAUCAGUAGCCUGUGUUUUAACCCAAUGAAGUGUGUUCUAGCAAGUGCCUCUUGGGAUAAAACAGUCAGAUUGUGGGAUAUGCUGGAUAGCUGGAGGACCAAGGAAACCCUAGCACUGAACUCAGAUGUACUUGCUGUUGCUUUUUCCCCGGAUGGUAAUGAACUUGCAGUUGUUUCCUUGGAUGGACAAAUAACCUUCUGGGAUCAUGAAAAUGCAGUGCAGACUGGCUCAAUUGAAGGAAGACAUGAUCUACAGACAGGGAGAAAGGAACUGGACAAAAUAACAGCCAAGCAGGCUGCUAAGGGGAAAUCCUUCACUGCUCUCUGUUACUCAGCUGAUGGGCAGUCCAUUCUGGCAGGAGGGAUGUCGAAGUUUGUUUGUAUUUAUCACAUCAAAGAACUGAUUCUUAUGAAGAAAUUUGAAAUAUCUUGCAAUCUUUCCUUAGAUGCAAUGGAGGAGUUUCUGGAUCGCAGGAAAAUGACUGAAUUUGGAAGCAUGGCAUUAAUAGAUGAAGGAACUGGGGAUGACGAUGGUGUGGCUAUUCCUCUUCCAGGGGUUAAAAGAGGUGACAUGAGUUCUCGACAUUUUAAACCAGAGAUAAGAGUGACUUGCCUUCGCUUCUCUCCUACUGGACGAAGCUGGGCAGCAACCACUACAGAAGGCCUUCUGAUCUACUCUUUGGACUCUGGUUUGGUCUUUGAUCCAUUUGACUUGGAAAUUGACAUCACCCCUAGCAAUGUUCACAAAGUACUACGUCAGAAGGAGUAUGCCAAGGCAAUUGUCAUGGCUUUUCGACUGAAUGAGAAGAAACUGAUUCAGGAAGUCUUGGAAAAUGUGCCAUAUAAUGACAUUGAGGUAAUCUGCUCAUCACUCCCAGAACUGUAUAUAGAAAAGAUGCUGGAAUUUUUGGCCUCUUCCUUUGAGACAUCUCGUCAUUUGGAAUUCUACCUCUUGUGGACUCAGAGAUUGCUUAUGUUGCAUGGGUGCAAGUUAAAAACAAGGUCAGGAAAACUGCUGCCUUCCAUUCAGUUUCUUCAGAGAACUAUUCAGCGUCACUUUGAAGAUGUUUCCAAACUUUGUGACUGGAAUCGCUAUAAUAUGAAAUAUAUUCUGGCCAUUUCACAACAACGGGGAAUGAAACGUACAGCAGAAGAAUCUGAAAAUGAUGAAGAGCUACAGAAUUUGGAAGAGUCCAGUAAUGAUUCUCUCAUGGAAGAAUCAGUUGUGCCUCCAUGAAAAUGACUUAUGUUAUUAAUUGUUGAAGACUUUUUAAAAAAAUCACACUGAUUUAAAAGGAGAACUGAACAGCCCUCAUAGUGACUUGUUUUGUACAAGUGAUAUGGAUGUGCAGCAACUUGAUUGAGGUAGUCUGCUGCCUCCUAAGUUGUGAUCUCUGUAUUCUUCUGAAAAAACAGAAUAACAGAACUUAUAUGUAGUUUUCAAGCAACAAAUGCCUAUGAUAAUCUGUCAGUCAAGAUCAACAUUUAUGGGGUAGAAUCUAAAGUUCCCCAACUAGUUUUCUUCUCAUGCUUGGAAAUGUGUUAACCUGCCUCCCUCCCCUUUCCAGUGUCAAAGUUAGGUGUCCUCCAGAUCUGCACAAGGGUUGAAGAAAGUAUCUCCCCCCCCCCUUGUUUGCAAAUGCUUUCUGCUUAAGUGUGGGGUAGGAGUUUGGAUCUCAGGCCUGGCUAUUUCUUUGACAUUAGGUAAAAUGUGUAAAAGUAAGAAACUCAUAUUGUAAAUUUUCUGUUCUGCCUCCCAACUGAUAGGAAAGAUUAGUGGUAGGAAGCCUUGAAAGUUCUGUAGUUGGGCUGCUUUUCAUAAUGCAGUAAGCAUGUGGUUCUCAGAGUACUGCAGUAGAUGUGUUUAUUAUUUGUGCACUUUGAUUACAAAAUCAGAGAAGAGAGACCAUGAGCUGGUAUUGUGUCUCUUAAGGCUACAUUUCCAUGCUUUUAUUUAAAAAGUGAAAGUUUUUUGUACUGUCUGGUAGUCUGUCCGUGCUGUUAGGCACAUCAGUUACAUAGCCAAGCAGUUUAGUUUUUCAGAGAACAGGAAGAUCUGAAGGUAUCUUUUCCUGUGCCAAAACUUGAGUGUGCAAGAGGCACUGUACCAGUCCUUCUCUAAAGGGAUUUUUACUUUUGUA